GUCCUCCCACUCAUGUGAUCAGCUGUGUCCAAUCACAUCUGCCGUCAGUGCCCAUAAUUGCCACCUGUCAGUGCCCAAAAAUGCCACAUACCAGUGCCCAUCAGUGCACAUCAAUGCCACAUAUCAGUGCACAUCAAUGCCACAUAUCAGUGCCCAUCAGAGCUUCCUUUCAGUGCUGCCUAUCAGUGCCAGUCAGUGCUGCCUAUUAGUGCCAAUCAGUGCCACCUAACAGUGCCCAUCAGUGCCGCCUAUCAGUGCCCAUCAGUG